GAGGGUCUGAGGACACUUUGUGUUGCCUAUCGGCCUCUGAGUCCUGAACAGUACCAGGAGGUUUGCCACCUGCUGAACGGGGCCAAAUUGGCUCUACAAGACCGAGACAAACGGCUGGCUGAGGCUUACGACAUCAUCGAGAAAGACCUGAUCCUGCUGGGAGCCACUGCUGUGGAGGACAGGCUCCAGGAAAAGGCAGCGGACACCAUCGAGUCUCUCCACAAAGCAGGUAUGAAGGUGUGGGUGCUGACCGGCGAUAAGAUGGAGACAGCGGCCGCGACCUGCUAUGCCAGCAAGCUGUUUCACCGCAACACCCAGAUCCUGGAGCUGACCACCAAACGCACAGAGGAGCAGAGCCUUCACGAUGUCCUGUUUGACCUGAGCAGGACCGUCCUGAGGCAGCACGGAACCAUGACCAGGGACACUUUCUCUGGUUUUUCAGGUGACUGUACUGACUACGGUUUGAUCAUUGAUGGAGCCACCCUCUCCGCGGUGAUGAGGCCCACCCAGGAGGACUCAAACUCAGGGAACUACAAAGAGAUCUUCUUAGAAAUCUGCCGCAACUGCAGCGCCGUGCUCUGCUGUCGAAUGGCGCCACUCCAAAAAGCACAGAUUGUGAAGCUGAUCAAAGCCUCCAAGGAGCACCCGAUCACGCUGGCUGUUGGAGACGGAGCUAAUGAUGUCAGCAUGAUCCUAGAGGCCCACGUUGGCAUCGGUAUCAUGGGUAAGGAAGGUCGUCAGGCGGUGAGGAACAGUGACUACGCCAUCCCAAAGUUCAAACACCUCAAGAAGAUGCUGCUCGUCCACGGACACUAUUACUACAUACGCAUCUCUGAACUCGUGCAAUACUUCUUCUACAAGAAUGUCUGUUUCAUUUUCCCCCAGUUCCUCUACCAGUUCUUCUGUGGCUUCUCACAACAGCCGCUGUAUGAUACAGCCUACUUGACUCUGUACAACAUCAGCUUCACCUCGCUGCCCAUCCUGCUCUACAGCCUCAUCGAGCAGCACAUUAACAUGGACAUUCUGAAGAAGGACCCGUCUCUCUAUAG